GCGCGAAAUAGGCCAGUGUAGGCCAGCGCGAAGAUCGCAUAGACGGACUGCACUCGCCGUCUGCGCUGUUCGCGGCCCCCAAGGCCGCCUUCGCGGGAGGGUACAAAGGUCGGAGUCGAGCAGAGACAGAGCCCCAGCGGGCUACCCACUCACGACUUCGCCUUCGCACUUUUACAACCUCUAUUUUUUUCACGACCUUCCAUCUCUUACGCCAGCCAUGAAGUUCACAACCGCCCUCGCUGCUUUCGCUCUCGCCACCGUUUCCCAGUUCGUCAAUGCCGCGCCCGCCCAGCAGGCCCGCGACGUCUGGGACCCAAAGGUGACCUACCCGACCACAGGUUCGGUCUUGCAGUCUGGACAGACCUAUACCGUCACCUGGGACCUGAGCCAAAAGCCCGCCGAAGUCACUAACCCGAUUGGUCACAUCACCUUGAACUUUGGCGAAACUGGAACUCCGGUUAUCCUGGCCAUGGGCUUCGACCUCAGCUCGGGCCAGACCCAGAUCACCAUUCCGGAGGUGUACACUCAGAGCGACUACAGCAUUACGCUGUUCGGUGACUCAGGGAACUGGAGCGAGGAAUUUGAGAUCCAGGGAUACGAUCCUCUUGCUCAGUGA